AUGUCUCUCACAGAUGACACGAUUAAAUUAUCGAAAAUACUAUCGAGGAAUCACUUGACGCAUAGCAUUCGUAACUUCUACGAAGAAUUCAAUCCAAGAAUUUAUAAUAAUUUAGAACAUCGAAAUUUGUACGUGCUGGAUUUGGAUUGCGAUUACGCCAGUGAUGUUUUGAGACAGGCACAUUCGAAAAAAAUAUUUAUCGCCCCGACAAAGUGGCUGCUCCUUCAAAAUAGAAAAACGCUAAUCGAUAACGAUGAUAAUGCCAAUUUAACUUCCAUAUAUGAUGAUUCGAUUUUGGAGAUUUUCGAGAACUUAGCCAUCUAUUCCGAUAGUGACGUAGUUCUCGCAAGAAGAUUCGACGGUGAUUUUCUCCAACUAAAAUCCGUAUAUCGGCCGAGUCCGCAGCGAGAAGUGAUAUGGGAAGAUCGUGGAAAUUGGACGAUCGAGAAUGGUUUACAAAUGAAAACUUUCGACGUGGCUUCGGCACGCAGAAGAAAUCUUCAACAAACGGCUCUUAAAUCUGCUAUUGUGAUGACUGAUCCCAAUACAAUCAAUCAUCUAACUGACUUCGAAGAUAAAUUAAUAGAUCCUGUCACAAAAGCUGGAUAUCCAUGGAUGCUUCAUUUAGCGAAUCGGAUGAAUGCAACGAUAAGUUUCGAAAUUACCGAUAGUUGGGGAUAUCGUACAGAGAAUGGAUCUUGGAGCGGAAUGAUCGGGAUGCUGGAGCGACGCGAGAUCGAUAUCGGUGGCACCGCUACAUUUCUUGUGUCAGAACGUCUCGGUGUUGUGCAAUAUAUUCAAUUGUACACACAGACCGGCUCACGUUUUAUAUUUCGACGACCAUUAUUAUCGACCGUGAGCAAUAUAUUCACUCUACCUUUUCAACGUAACGUCUGGAUAGCCAUCGCCGUGCUUAUUAUUGUGGUUCUCGGUUUGCUCUACUUGUCCAUCAAAUUGGAAUAUAAUCGAAAUAGAAAUGCAAAAUCAGCAGAUUACUGGAAGCAGCUAAAUCCCAACAAGCUAACAGUCAGCGAUAAUUUACUUAUUAUUUUAGGCGCAUUUGCCCAACAAGGAUAUGCGUAUGAACCGUAUAGAGUGACGCCUCGAAUCGUCACUUUUAUGUUACUAUUGGCUUCGCUCAGUCUUUACGCGGCUUACACAGCGAAUAUUGUAGGCCUGCUGCAAUCUACUACGGAUUCUAUCAAAACUCUUUCGGAUCUUUUCAACAGCCCGUUAAAGCUGGGUGCGAUGGAUGUCGUGUAUAACCGAUAUUAUUUCAAGUCAUUUCAAGAUCCAGUUAGAAAAGCGAUUGUGGAACAGCGAAUCGAACCAAAGGGACGUAAAUCCAACUGGAUGUCCAUUGAAGAAGGUGUAAGUCGAAUAAAAGACGAACUUUUCGCAUUCCAUGGCGAGUUUGGUUCGAUCUACCAAUUAAUGGAAGAUACAUAUCAGGAGGAGGAGAAGUGCGGUCUGACUGAAAUCGAUUUCUUAAAAGUCGUAUAUCCGCUUCUCGUUAUACAAAUACAGUCGCCAUAUUUAGAAAUAAUAAAAAAUGGAGCUCUAAAAUUAGAGGAAUACGGGCUCAAAUAUCGCGAGGAGCAUCGUUUAUAUAUGAGAAAGCCGAUGUGCUCGAGUCACACUAGCUUCAUCACUAUCGGUAUCACGGAAUGUUACUUCGCUUUGGUCAUAAUGGGCUACGGAAUUCUUCUCACCGUAAUCAUAUUUGCGCUUGAGUUAUUAUGGCAUAAAAACACCGCCUAUAAUCGACGACUAUAUGUUGUGGCAGCGCGGUGUCAUAGCAACCCGCCAUAAACCCGGCGUAAGACAAAGUCCCGGCAGUAGUUGUAAAUAAAUGCAUCCUCCAUCGUGUGUCGCGAUGCCGAAUUCUUGAAUUUGGCCCGAAAAAUGUCGUUGUUUAAGACGAAAGAAUGGUGGAGAACGCAGUGCGGAGUAGACGAGUCCUUCGACAGGCGCAGCCUCCUGGUCGCGCCGUUAUUCGGCGCCGACCGGAAAGACAUCGUCGUCGUCGGCAGCCACAGUGGAUGCCUGCGGAUAUAUAGCUCGUCGUCGCAAUGGAUAGACGAGACAAAAAUGCCGAGCGGCUACAAGUCCACGGAUCUGAUCAUCGAGACGCAAAUCGGCGAUUGUAUCGUCGACACGAAGGCGGGAAAAUUCGUCUCAGGCUCGCAAGAUACCCGACUCGCGAUAUUGACAUCAAUAAAACUCAUCAUUUACAGCAUUGUUUUGAACGAGGGCUCCGUCGAACAUGGGAAUCGUUGCGAUCUGGAAGCCGUUUACGAGCAUUUACUGCCGAGAUUUCCGGCGUCUUUGACGACGGGCCCGUUCGGUGGCGUGCGGGGCCGGGACUUCCUCUGUGUCCAGUGCCUGGACAGCACGCUUCUCUUUUAUGAGCAGGAAACUCCCACCUUUAGCCUGGUUCUUGGGAAUCGGCUGCUGCCGGAGCCGAUUGUCUACAUUUCGCGGAACGACGUCUUCGUGACGUCGAGCUCCUCGUGGAGCCUCGAAUGCUACAGGCAGGUUGUUCCACCCGUAUAUAAGAGUAUGGCGGAAUUCGGAAGCAAGGAUCGUUCGGAAGGGCCAAAGAAUCUGGAGCCGGACUGGAGUUACAAUAUCGGGGAAGCCGUUCUUGAUAUCAACGCCGUUACCUUGAGUAGUUUCGAGGUCGGAAUCCUCGUGCUCGGUGAAAAGAAUCUCUACUGUUUAAAGGACAAUUGCGUUUCUCUGAAGUACGCGAAGAGACUCGAGUACAAGGCUCUCUGUUUUCAAGCCUAUGUGAUAGAACCGGAUGGCAAGCUGAUGGUGCUCGUAAUCGCUGACACGAGCACCCUGAUGAUUUACGAGGGUACAACUCUUAAGUGGUCGGCUCAGCUGCCUCUUACUCCGGUCGCCGUAACUCGAGCGCAUUUUCAGCACUUAGACGGAGUGAUUGUCGUUCUCUCCGAAGAGGGCCAGCUGGAGGCUUGCUACUUGGGCUCGGAGCCGUCAUUAUUUAUCGCGCCUCCUCUUCAUCGACGCGGUUACGAUUACGUGGCCGCCGAAGAUGAACUCAUGGAGCUCCGCAAAUUGGCAAAAAAAAAUAAGACUUCCGGCAAUCAACUGACCAACGUCACCAUGGACGCCGAGCUGAUAAUAUCUGUGACCGUGUCUCCGGAUCUGGAACCCUGUUCGCGCGGAAACCGAGAAGACUCUAAGGACGACACAGAGAGUCGUAAUUUAAUGUGCAGAAUUACUAUAGAAUUAUCCACGUACACGACAUUACGCGACGUUCAGGUGUGCGUGGAUGUUUCGAAACCGUUCGUUGCCGAGAAAGAUUGCCACGUUAUUACCAAUCUUUGUGACCGGCACAUUCUGCGCACGAUGAUCUACGCGAGCGCGGAUCUGCCGGCGUUGUCGUCAGACGUGAGAAUCACGGCGAGCUACGAGACGGCGGAUCGUGGGAGCCUGCGUGUACUUCAAAAGACGGUUCAGCUGCCCCUGAAGAUGAUGCUGAGGGUCUGCCCGCCGGAGAACACGUCCACCUUCACGGCGAACAUCAAGUGCAGCGAGCCCCUCGUCGCUUUUAGCCAGCUGUUUCCCGAGCUUACAGGAGACGUGCAGAGACAAAAUUGGAAUACGCUCGGCUUGCAACACGUGCAAACUGGUAGCGUGGUGACAAUCAUUUCCGGUGCUACCAGCAAUCGAUAUCGAGUGCAAUCGAACGAUGGGCUCUCGAUGACCUUGGUGAUUCAACAGUUGGUGAAUAGACUCAAAGACAAGACCACCGGGAACUUUACGACCACCAUCGCGCAAAAUCACAUACAGCUAGUUCAGUCUCAGAUGGAGGCCCACUUUCGUACCCGCCAGGAGGCCGACAGAAUCACGAACGAGAUCGGGCUGCUAUCGACCCAAUUGAGAAACAUCGAGAGGAGGAUGCUGCGCGCCGUGAGGGAGCGAAACACCCGAUCUCUGACCGCGACCGGACUGCCGUUCCUCUUGGAAUCGACCUAUCGCGCGAUCUUCGCGCUUCUGGACGAUCUCGCGAUCGCACGAGCGGAACGAGAACGCACCGGCCACGGUUUGCGGUGUGCCGUGAGGUUACUGCUCCUACUGUUGCGGCUCAAUGUAAACGAUGAUAAGUACACGAUGCUCGAAGCCGCAAUCGGAUUCGAGCCGCAGCUGCGCGACGAACUCGUAAAAUUCGCAAAAUUAAAGAAGCGUCUGAUUCACGCGAUCGAACGUCUCGACAACUAUCAAGAAACUACCAAUAUUGCUGAAAACGAACAAUUGGAAGCUGGCGCUUCUUCUUAGACAUCUUCGUGUUAUAUUCUAAU